ACCCACCCACUCACUCACCCACCAACCAACCCGGACAGAGCAACACACCGACCAACUAAUUCACCCAGCCAUCAUCCAGGCCUCUCUGGCCAGGAAAAGCAACAGUUAACUCCUCACUUUUCCCUCCCUGGAUUUUCAGUGGGACAUCAGUGCGACAAAGCGAGGAUCUGUCGAGUGGUUUUCCAACCAACGGGCUUUGGCCUGGCGCCCAACGGGAUGGAGAGACGCACCCUCGUAAUGGUGGAGAGAAUUGCCAAGAAGCAGGAAGAAAAAGAAGAACGAGAACGAGAAAGGUGAGGAUGAGUUGGUGUUGCCACUGAGAAUUCAGUUGCUCACAGCCCUCAGUUCGUGUAAGAUCUCUUUGGUCUUCCUGGGUGAUGAGAAAUACAAACUUGGCGGUGUUACGAUAAUGUUCUAAGACUUGACGUGUGUCUUCUCCACCGACUCGUUCAUUCGCCUUUCUCGCCAAUUUCCCACUCACACCAAAACGAAAGACUCCUCCAUCUCUUUUCCUAACUGGCCGAAAAGAGACCAAAGCAGACUCUCAAAAUGCAUUCGUCGGACAUACGAUCCGCCAGUGUACUCGGCUUACUCCUCAUCCUUGUGAGCCACACCUCUUCCCAACGCUUUGAUCUGUCCUCGCUAUCCCUUCGAGCGGCCGCCCAAAAUGGAGCCUUCAAUUGCGCGGAGAAGGACACGCAAUUCGAAUUGAUCACUGGAUAUGUGUACACUGCACCUGACGACAUGCUUGAUUCCCGGCCAGGGACCCUCAUGCUCACGGAUUGCAUCGAGCUAUGUCGGCGAAAUAGCACUUGCAAAUCCGCCAAUUUCGAGACCGGAUUGUGUGUUCUCUUCGGGUCAUCGGCUGAAGAAUUUCCAGGGGGAUUAACCGCGUCCCAGUUCCCGGUGUUCACCAUCUACGUCCAAAAGAUUUGCCUGACCAAUGUUCCCUCGUGCGAAAGGGCCUGGACCUUCGAGAAAGUCGAUGGAUUUGCCAUGGACAAAUAUGCCAAGAAGAGAGGCCGGGUCAGCUCCAGACUCAAUUGCGAGAUGCUCUGCUUAGCCGAGAAAGAGUUCCCAUGCAGAUCUGCCACUUACAAUGCCGUCAGCGGAGAUUGCCGAAUCUCGGACAUGGACCGCCAUACUGUGGCCAGCACUGGAGACUUUGUCGAAUCCGUGGACGACCAAUAUCUCGAAAGUAACUGUGUCGAUGAUCCCGUCAAGUUGUGCGACUUCCAGCUUUUGGAGAACCGAAUUAUGAAGACCGUUGACUCUGUUUAUCAAGAUGUGCCAACAAUGGAGGCUUGCCGUGAUUUGUGUCUGACUGCCCCUUAUCGAUGCCAUUCCUUCGAUUAUGGAGACACUGGAGAGCGUGUGUGCCGUCUGUCCCAUCACACCUCCACUACAUUGACCCAGAUCCAGGAGCCUUUCUUAAUCAUCGAGGAUGUGGUGGGGACCUACGAGCUGAGCUCUUGCUAUAAUGUGACCAUCAAUUGUCGAGCUGCUGAUAUGAUUGCCACCGUUCGCACCAACAAAAUCUUCAACGGCAAGAUUUACGCCAAAGACAAUCCCAACAGUUGUGUGGUGGAUGUGGAAAAUGGCAUCGAGUUCUCCAUCAAGAUGGCCUACAACGAUAUCGAGUGCAAUGUGAAGAGGAAAGCUCAAGGCGUGUAUUCCAACGAGGUUAUCAUCCAGCAUCAUGACUCCAUCGUCACCUCUGCCGAUCUUGGACUCGCCCUGAAUUGCCAGUACGACCUGUCAAAUCGAACCAUUAUCAAUGACUUUGAUCUCUCCAUCGAAGGCGAGAUCGAGCCAUCCAUGUUUGAGGAAGCCGUGGUGGAAUCUCCCAAUGUCCUGAUGAAGAUCACCAAACGAGGCGGUGCCGAUAUUGAUUCCGCCCAGGUCGGCGACCCCUUGGAGCUUCGUUUUGAAAUCUUUGAUGAGAAAUCCCCCUACGAGAUCUUUGUUCGCGACUUGAUUGCCAAGGAUGGAAAUGACCAGAACCAAAUCGUGCUCUUGGACUCCGAGGGAUGUCCCGCUGAAGGUCAGAUCAUGGGACCCUUGAUCAAGGACGAGACCAACCCCAAGAUCCUGAUCGCCAAUUUUGAUGCCUUCAAAUUCCCCACCAGUCAAGUGGUUCAAUUCAGAGCGCACGUCACUCCUUGCAUGCCCACGUGUGAGCCGGUUGAAUGUGUGUACAGUGACUACUAUGGCGGAGACAACACCAAAGUUACCUCUUACGGCCGGAAACGACGCUCGUUCCUGGAGGAGUACAUGCACACUAAGAAGAAGCGAUCCAUCUCCGAGGCCUCUGGUAAAGAUCUCCUCGUCACUCAAGCGUUUGUGGUGGUAGACAAGUUCAACCGUUCUCCCAAAGCCGGAAAACCAACUUCCACUUCGGCCACCCCUGCCAUCCCCACUUCUGCCAAGGAUAAACCGACCAUAUUCCAACCCUUGCCCACUUCUUCCAAUGACAUGUCCUUUGGUCAGGACACUUCUGCACCCAGCUCCUCAUUCCGUUCCACUCCGUCCUCGUCACGGGAACCGGUCCUUAGUGAAGCUACCGAGAUCUGCUUGAAUGCCGCCGGGAUCGUGAUUGCCCUGUGUCUGUUCCUCCUCGCUCAAUUGGUGAUUAUGUUCAGCGUGGCUCAUUAUUGGCAAAAGCGAAGGAAACUGAAGAAGGAGCAAGAAUCCGUCCAGAAGAUGUUCAAUCCUUACACAGCCAGACGAUGAUGAUCCUGGCGCCAUUGCUUUGUAGCCAUAUUCGUAGCCUCUUCAGGGACGCCACUAAGCGAUCCCAUUUCUCAGUGUGACCUUAGCCGCUUGGACUUGGCGGCACGAGGGCAUUCUUAACGCAUUCUCAGCAGCAACCCCUUUCGGCAUUUCAUUCCCCCCCCAACUGCCCCCUUUAACCCUUCUUUUGCUCAUGGUUCUUACCAGGUUUCUUUCAAUCCAAUU